AUUUUAGAGGGGGGAGAAAACAGGACUCGUCUUUAGACAUAUGUCCUAAAAUGGACUGUGUAUAUACCGAGGCACCACGUGACACACACAGCCAAUAGUGUAGAGACCGGUGAAAUCUUUCCGCUGUGAGUCCGGUGUGUUUGUGUGCAGCUCAGUGUUACACAGCUGUACUGUAUACGCUGUAUGAGAGUGAAUGAGUCAUCCAUUAGCCGAGCAUUGCCCUUUCCCACUGAUUUGAGUGAGUGCUAUUGCCGCAGCACACUGUGAUCUGGGAGAGAUUAGGAAAAAACUCACAAGUGUCCUUGUCCCUCCCUCUUGUGCUCCCACCCCCUGUGCCUGGCUCUCUGACACACGGCGACUCUCACACAUCCUCCUUCCUCGCCACUAGCAGCGUGAGCAGCACGGACUGACACGAGCACUUCUACAUACACUUCAGCCUGCUUGUCUGUGCCCUGUCACCGCCUCAGGAAAAGCAGGUUUACUUGAAAAGUGCCUUCUGUAAAGUCACUUUUGCCAGAAAGUACUAAAGCAGGCCAUCUGUUUUUUCAAGGCUUUCUGCUUGCCAAACACACCGGAUCCUGCUCUGAAGUGUGACUUCAUCUACCAUGUCUUUACUUGCCAAUAACUCAACAUGAAAUGGAAUGAGCCUCAGCGAAGAAAAGAGAUCCUAACCGCACCAUUUGUGUGAAUUUCCCAAAAGGCUGACACAGUUUUUGCCAACCUCAAAUAAAGAGAAACUUUGUCUUGAGUCAAAGAAUACAUUACCGAGACGGUGCAGUUAAUUUGGAGUAACUUCAUGGAAAGUAGUCGUCAGCAAAUAGUCCAGCCAUCCUGACAUUUCCAGUUGCUGAGUAUUAAGAGCAUGUUGUUUUUAAAGCCAGAUUUUUUUAGUGGGCAGCCUGAUUUAUGAGUAACUUUGUGCUGAUUAAUAGGCUUUUUCUUAUGGUGCUUCAAGUGCCUUGGACUCCAUUCAGCAGUUUAACGCCCGAACAUUUUAUUAUUUUUCUUUUAUUGCCAAAGUUUUUAAACAGAUUAACUGGCAUUUGAACAGUUACUGAGAAGGCGUUCCAUUUUUUUCUGUUUUCCCCAAUCAUGGCUUUGAAUGUAGCUCCUGUAAGAGACACAAAAUGGCUUACAUUGGAGGUGUGCAGACAGUUUCAGAGGGGGACUUGUUCAAGGUCUGAUGAGGAAUGUAAAUUUGCACAUCCACCCAAAAGUUGUCAGGUUGAAAAUGGACGAGUCAUUGCCUGCUUUGAUUCCCUCAAGGGCCGCUGUUCAAGGGAGAACUGCAAAUACCUUCAUCCACCAACACAUCUAAAAACCCAGCUAGAAAUUAAUGGCAGAAACAAUCUUAUUCAGCAGAAAACCGCAGCAGCCAUGCUAGCUCAGCAGAUGCAAUUUAUGUUUCCAGGCACACAACUGCAGCCAAUGCAAACAUUUCCUGUAGGUCCAGCAUUAGGAACAAACACAGCUAUUAGUUUUGCUCCUUACCUUACGCCGGUAAAUCCUGGAGUUGGAUUAGUUCCUACUGAAAUACUGCCAUCUACACCUAUGAUUGUUCCAGGAAGUCCACCAGUAUCAGUCCCUGGAUCUACUGCUGCUCAGAAGCUUCUCAGGACUGAUAAACUGGAGGUAUGCAGGGAGUUUCAAAGAGGAAACUGUGCACGGGGAGAGACUGAUUGCCGCUUUGCUCACCCUGCAGACAGCACGAUGAUUGAUACAAAUGAUAACACUGUAACCGUUUGUAUGGAUUACAUUAAGGGUCGCUGCAUGAGGGAGAAAUGCAAAUAUUUUCACCCUCCUGCACAUUUGCAGGCCAAAAUCAAAGCUGCACAACAUCAAGCCAACCAGGCUGCCGUGGCAGCUCAAGCAGCUGCCGCAGCUGCAACAGUGAUGACGCAGUCGACUGCCAAAGCAAUGAAGCGACCUCUCGAAGCAACUGUAGAUCUGGCUUUUCCUCCUGGCGUUCUUCAUCCUUUACCAAAGAGACCAGCUCUUGAAAAAAGCAAUGGUGCCAGUACACUUUUUAAUCCUAGUGUCUUGCACUAUCAACAGGCUUUGGCUAAUGCACAGUUUCAACAACCUGCCGCAUUUUUCCCAGCAGGGUCAGUUUUGUGCAUGACACCAGCUACUAGUAUUGAUCAUUCUGAAAUAAUCAGCAAGGGGGAAUCGGAGUAUCACGGAGACUUGCAGAAGCUAGCGAAGCAUUCAUAUUGUACAUACUAUCCUGUCUCCUCCUCUAUAGAGUUGCCACAAACUGCAUGCUAAAAGGAUAUCUUUCUCUUUACGUUCAAACUACAAACUCUUAUGAAGCUAGUGCUGCUAUAUUAUAAAUCGAUAAUAUAUAUGGUAUGCUUAAUAUAUUCCAACAUCAAAUAGUUAACUACCUGAUACCAGCUGUGAUGUUAAAAAAAAAAAAAAAUGUUUAGUGGGUAAAGUUUACUUUUUAAUAUUUUGUACACCUGGUUCCCACUCAACAAUAUUGUCUUAUCACCUAUUAUAUAAUUAAAGCAGAUGUUAAUGGUAUAGAUCCCAUUUAAAAUUUUAGGAAGAAUUUAAGAAAAGAGAUAUAUAUAUAUAAAUAUAUAUAAAUAUAUGUAUACAAAAAUGUUUUUUUUUUUCCCAACGGCUAGUAUACAGUGUUAGAUUGUGUAUAUUAACACUUUGGCAUUCACAUUAGCCAACAAUAUAUAUAGCUAUAUGUUCCCCUCUACAGAGAAGACCAAGAAGAUCAAGUACUCUCAAUUAUGGACAGAAAGCACAAAGUCAAAGUGUUUAAACUAGCAUCCGGCUCAGUUUAUCCAUAGAAACUGUGUUGGAAUAGGUGGGAUAAAUCAGCAACAAAACAAGCAAAAGUGGAAACCUUUGCACAGUAUGACUGUCAUACACAAGGAAGUCUUGAAUACUUUUAUUUUUCUUUUCUAACCAAGACUUUGCAGAAGUGCCUACAUGUUGCCACAGUAUACAGUCGCAAAAAGAAUGAAUGCGAUGCCAAUGCCCCCGUUCCCGGUGAUCUGACCUUUCAAAACCUACAGUCAAAGGUUGAUGACAAGGCAAGUUGGAUCUCAAGCAUGAAAAAGGCAUCAGAGGAGGAGUUGUCUUAGAAAAUUGAAUGUACAAAAGAGUAAAUUAGUCACUUAGAAUAUGUUGGUGACUCUAAUCUAUGUUAGUAAACAUUUUUAAAUGUUGUGAGAGUUUUUCUUUCGAACUUGUCUGGCGAUUGUGGGGCCUGCAAGAGACUGCAGAGCAAUAUACUGCAGGCCUUCCAAUCCCCCACCCCUCUGCUGCCAGAGGAAAAAAGCUACAGUACUUGCUAUUCCUUUGGCAACCAAGGGGUCAGAAAAGACGCAUAGUGAUAUACUUUUAUAUAAGUGGUUCAAGAAAGUUGUAACAGGAUUACAGCACAAACAAAGAAAAGAACAUCUAUUAAAGCCUAUUUUAAUGAAGAGAGUCGCUUAUAAGUAGAUGCAGAAAAAAAUAACCUAUACAUAAAACAGAUAUUAGUGUUUACUUUUAUAGUAAGCUAUUGAUUUACAAGGUAAAAAGUCUGUACAUUUAUAAUGUAAUUGAGUUGAAUGUUUGUUUCAAGCACUAUUGUACCAAAUAUUUCAUGUUUCUGUGUUGCACAUUUGUCACAUAAUAAGUAUGUGGUUGCCGAAUUACGGUUAUCAGAACAGAACAGCUGUUGUACAUGAAUAGUAAGUAUACUUACGUGUUCAAAAUCUGUUGUUAUUUUUUUUUUCUAUUGUAAAACAUUAUUAGUGAUUGCAGUAUUUUAUGAGGAUUUUAAGAACCGAAUGUAAACUAUUUUUAAUGCGGGCAGCCUGUUCUGAAAGAAGGUUCUGUAAUUCUAUAUUUGCUGAUCAGGAAAAGAUUCUGCCUUUAUUUGUGUUUAUUCUGUAAUAUUUGUACCUUGUUUGAUUACUUCUCUUUUAUUCUAGUUGCUGAGCAGAUUACUGAAAAGAUCAAUGUCAAGAUCCCCACUGAUUAGUACUUAAACACAUUACAUCUUAUCACAUCCAGUUUGCAUUGAUAUAUGUGACCAGCCUCAGAUCUACUGCACUUGGCUAUAUUCUUAGUGGUGGCUAGAGACACAGCACACCCAUUUUGUCUAGUUAGAUUUCAACGCUUUUGUUUUUAUUUUUUUUAAAGAUUGAUGUGAAUUUUGAUGGGCCUCAAUGGUUGGUCUGUCUUUACUUUACCUUUGCAAACCCACAUUGUUUAAAAUAAGAAAAUUUGUGUUUUUGUAUAUUUUUUUUCCUCUUUUUAUUAAGUCCUCUAAUUAAAAAUAGUAUCUUAAUAAAACAUUAGGCAGUUAAUGCUUCUCUUAAAAUAAUACAAGAAGUGUAUAAAGCUUGUAAAAAUUGUCUUUAAUUGCAGGAGAUAAGCUGUAGUCUUAGAGAACGAAUGCAUAUAACAGAUAUUUGAUGUUGGCUACUUAAUUUCCUAAUAUAUUUUACAUGCACAUAAUCUUCAAUUUUGAAUUAGUAAUAUAAUCUAUUAAAAUGCAGUAGUUAAUCUAAA